GCUUCAUCUCCCAUCCACAUCCAGGGGAACCAAAGAACACCCCAUUGGCCAUCAACAUCCCGCCCGAAAGAGUCUAGUGACAUCACCUCUGCCGUCAACUCGUUCUUCCAUACUCCUACAACUCCCGGGGAUAUAUACCCCUGCCAUCCAUCUUUCCCAAUCCCACCAGAACAUGUCAGUCGAUACCCAGCCCCACCCCUCCCUCCUCAUCCCCACAAACCCAGCCUACGCCCCCUCCGACGCCCAUCCGCGGGGGGGCAUCCUCCUCAACGGCUCUGCCCACGCUCGCCGCCCGUCCGACCCCUUCCCCAUCGACACCUCCCAUUCCCACACUGGCCCCGCCUCUGCGUCAGGGAGCGGCAGUGGCAGCAAUCACUCGCUCACACACGCUCCCUCACAGCCGGUCCGCAUCCUCUCGCCUCCGCCUGUGUCUGCCGGCGAGCGAUCAUUGGACGUUUCGGGAUCGCCUGCUACUUCUCCGAUACUGGGCUCCAGCGCGUCCAGCGCAACGCACAACAAGAUAAGGUUUGCGCCUUUGCCUGAUCCGCGGUUCCAGCGAAGUCUGAGUACGGGGAGGAAUGUGGCUUUACGGAGUGGCGUUGAUCCCAAUGGAGUGGAGACGAGGCAUCUCGAAUUGCAGAAUAUGGACGAUGAGUAUGCGGUGGAUGAUGACGAUGACGACGGCGAGGACGAGGACCAAGAAAGUCGGAUGAAGAGGGGACGUAGCUGGAGUAAGGAUAUGGGCCUGAAGAGCGGGUGGAAGGGCACCAAGAAGCUGCUGAGAGGCAAGAAUCCUAUAUCGAGCAAGGACAAGGAAGACGGUGGCUACCAGGGCGAGCCGCUCACCAGGAGCUCGAGCACUGGUGGUAUCAUGGGGAGCUCGCCCUUCCGAUGGACUGUCGAGAGCGAACGCAAAAAAGACAUGCUCGGCACACCCCCUGCCAGCGCCCGUUCUCUCCUCUCCGCCAAUCGCCCCGACUCUCUAUACAAGACCCAGACCCCGCCAUCCCCAACUCUGAAGCCUUCCUCCUCGGGCCACCACCGCACGUCUUCAUUCGAAGCCCGGCCGUCUUCGUCCCUCGGCGCGUCUCCGGCGCCCGUCAAGAUGCUUAAUGGCCGGGUAUACGGUUCCCGCCGAGCGAGCGAAGCUGCAGAGAGGGAGAAAGAGUAUAGGCAAAAACUGGAGCCUGCUUUCGUCGAGUGGGGCUCGGCGGGCGUGGGCGGCGGAGCGCCGGUGGUGGCCAAAACUAGCGGGCGGGGGGCGUUCCUUGGGGAUGAAGAUGAUGGUGGGGGUAUGGCGUGGGUCAAGAAGCGUCGGGAAGAGAGGGAGAAGAGGAGGUCGGAGGAGAAUGCUUUGCAGGUUGCUGGGGAGGUGCAAAAGACGGAAAGCGCGUCGCAUAGCGGCGGACUGUCGCCUUCGCAAAGCUCGACGAGUUCUUUCGAACAAGAGUCGGGGAAACCUGCGUUGGACGUCAGAACAGAUAUCAAGACGCCCGAUAUCGACCCAGCUCAACUCCCUUCGCACUCGCCUACCAUUGUCGCCUCACCGCAUGAUGGGACAGAUAGCCCUAUCAACUUGAGUCGGCAAGCCGAGGAAGACGGGAGAGGAAUGACAAUCUCAGAGACUGUUAAUGAAAAGUCUGUUAAACAGGCCAUGGUCGUACCUUCCGACAAGGCCAAAAAGGCUCAGGAUAGGAUUCCGUUCGCAGACCCAUUCUCCGAAGACCACCAAUUCGCCAAUGAAUGCUCUGGAAGCGAAGACGAAGAAGACGAGGGAGACGAGGAUGAAGAGGAGGAGGAUGGCGACUUUGACGACGAUGAUGAUGAGGAAGAGCUUGAUGCUGUCAGGUACGUUUUGCAUGCAUGUCGACCAAAGGAGGGUGGGUUGAUGGAACGCCUUCUAGGACAACAUCGUCUGCUGCGGGUGUUGAAGUCAUCAGUCGCCACAAGGACUAAAAAAGUGCUUCUCGGGAGAUAUCUCUGGAAGGGAAGCAUCAAGUUCGAUUUUUUAUGUGCUAUGGGUUCCACUGUGUAACAGUAUAUGAUAAUUAUUUCGUAUGUGCUUGCAUCAAGUCUGUAUAGUGCUGUAUAUUGUUCUCUAGUUGCCACGAUUAAACAAAUUUGCGAAGUGAUAUAUUACGAAGAAAGAAUCAGGGAUCAUGCAUUC